GAUUUGGGGCUUAAUUUUUCUUCAUUAGUGACUCAAAUCUUUUAUUCUGGAGGCAUUUUACUUGCAGACUAAUGUAACUAAUCCUCUGCUGAUGAAACAGUAGAUCUGGUAGCUGGAGUCUGUGAGAUGCUCAAGGGAACUUCAACAGAUACAUCCAGUCUCAGCCAAACUGUAUUUUUUCUUGAUUCGAGGAGGUCGUGCUCUCCCCUGUCGGUUGUACAUGGAAGUGAUCCAGCUUAUGAGGGCUGGACUGAAUCCAGGUGCAAAAAAAAAAAAAAAAAAAAAAAAGCCUGGCAGGAUCAUUAAGAGGGAGCUCUCCAGUGGGGAGCGCACACACAAACACACGCACACUGGGUCUGAGAGCAGAGCAGAGUGCGGAGCCUCAUCCAGACGCACGGCAGACCUUCUGUUUUUCAGCCACUUCCACUACUCUUUGUUUUGUUUUGAAAGAAUCACAGUUAGCAGUAUUUCUUGUGUUAAGUUUGACUCUUUCUGGGGGUCUUUUCCUGGUGUUCACCCUCAUUGGAAUAUCUAUUCUGUGACUGAAAGUGGAUACUUCGCGUUCCGCAGAAAGUUGCUUCGGGGCUGUUUCUCUUCGACGCAGGAGCGCGCAGAAGCUCGGAGCGCUUCAAGGAAAAAAAAAAAAAAAAAAAAAACACAGAAAAAAAAACUUUAUCAGUGCGACUUCGUCUGGACUGUUUUUUUUUCUUUUGCAUUGAGCCGUCCCAGAAAUGGUGGGGCACCUACAUUUACAAGCGAUGGAUGAAAGUCUGAAAGGAAAGAACCGGGAAGGGCUGCUCGACAGUCCGGAUUCGGGGUUGCCCCCCAGUCCCAGUCCGCCCUUCUGCUCUAUCUCUCCGGGUCUGAUCGAGUCGCGCUCCGGCAGCUGCACGACACCCGUGGAAAGCCAUCAUGGAUAUUAUAAAAAGGAAAGCAGGGAAGGCAAACUGCUGCCCUACUUGCUGCUGAAUUCCACAGGAACAGACCCCAGGACUCGCAUGCACCCUGUGUUUUUUGGAGAAAGUAUUGAAGUCAACCCCAAACCAGAGCGAGAAAUCAAGUGUAACUCCGAGGUAAAGUACGAUUCAGACAAGCAUUACAGGGACCGGGUCUACUGCGCCCCCGUUCCCACGGCCACGUCCUUCAGCGAGACAGUGGUGGCGGUGAGGAACUGCACCUGGAGGAGCUACAAGUCCCAGGUGUACCUGGAGCCGCGGCAGAGGCCCCUCAGCUACCAGAGCACCACCAUCAUCUACCCAAAACACGCCAAGAACACUUACCGCACCACGCUCAACUACAACGCCACAGGCUCCCGCCGCUGGUUCGUGUCCACGGUCCAGCUGGAGUCGAGCGAGGACACGAGUCCCUGUAUCAUCUACACUGAGGACCUGUAGGGCCCACACAGGGAGAGGGGCUACCCAGGGACUGGUCUGGUCUGUUUAGUUUUAUUUUGUGAAGGAUGAGGAACUUGGAAAGGCCCGAAGUGGAAAAGGGAAUACUUGGAGAAACAGCUGGAGCCCUAAAAACCCUGAUGUGUUCAUCUGUACUCACCACGGAGGAAACUCUGGGAAGCUUUAACAUGACGUUUCACCCAUUUAGACUUUCUACUGACGCAGUCUUUAAAAAGGGAGUAGGUCCUCUGGCAGGUUAAAGCUGCACUUCAAUGGUUUAAUGUCUUAUUUAAUACAUGAGCUGACAAAUUGGUGGCCUUGCUCUCCCUCAGCUUGGACUGUAAAAAUAUAAGGUGCCGUGGAUUUUAACAGAACCUGCGCAAACCCAGUCACACCAAUGCAAAGCUUUCUAAUAUGGCUUUAAUUGCACUUGUUUUCUAUAUAUCGGAGUCUUCUCGGUGCUCUUGCAUUGCAGAGGGGGGGAUUUUCAGUACUGCUUUCUGAAAGAAUCGGACCAAAGAUAGGUUGAAUAGAAGCGUCUGUGUGGGUCUUACACACUCAGACGGAGACAUUUUACAUUUUAACACAGCAGCUUGACGAGUUUGACCAGACAUUUAUAUUAAACUGCACACUGCCAGCUGUUUAUUCACCAGUAACAGAGUCAUUUGUUGAACUGAGACUGAAGUCUGUUAGAACCUUCAGGAAAAUGUAAGGCUGAGUUAGAAAAGAUUUACAUGUGUUAAAGAAAAGUGGCAACCUUAGUGCGUUUGUUUGUUGACUUUAUUUGCAGUCGGUUUGUGUUUAACCUGCUUCAGUACCAGAGGGUUUGGAGGGGGGGGGGGGGGGGGGGGGGGGGUAUUACUAGUAGAUCAUUUCCAUUUAGUUCCCCAUGAAAGUCAGAAAACACAGCCACAAGGAACUGUUUCCAACUGUUCCAACGAGGCCGACACUUUUUAUUGUGUUGCUUAUUACACCGUCAUAAUGGACAGUAUGUGAUCUGAUAUGUAGAUGAAGGGGCAAAUGUUCAAACUGACUUCACAAGUUCAGAAUUUACCUCAAAUUUUCUACGGUUUCAGUUCGAUUUCUAUUCUCGGUUUCCAGUGCUUACCAUUUUUCAUAAUUUUUUUUUUAUAGUUUGAGAGCAGAAGGUGCAUGGAGGGCAUGAAGUUGAAGUGGUGCAGCAGUACUGUAGGUCUGGACUGGGUUUUUUUUUUUUAAAUGAGGGAACAGUAAGUGGCAACAUUAAGAGCAGGAUGUGCAGAAAAGUCACAGGCACACUAAAAGAAACAUUAAGUGAGUUGUUCUGAGGAUGAUUUUUGAUACGGUUGCAGGUGGGACUGGAAGCUUUGGAAUGUGUUGAUGGUCUGAGAAUGAUGAGAGAAAGUUGGUGGAUGUGGACUGCAUGGGGUCGGUGGUUUUAUGUGAGAUACUUUGUGUUUCCUAACACUUGAUUUUGUUACUGUAAAAUAUUUUCCUGUUGUAUAUGUGGCAUCGAGGCACUUCAUAAUUCUCUUUAUAUUUUUGUACGUCGAUCAUCGUUCCUGUUCUGAUCAAAGAAAAUAAUUUAAAAAGAUGUAUAUCCUGAUU